UAAAUAGAAUAGAUUAAUAUUUGGGCAAAGUUCCCAAACAUUAAGGCUACCAAUUGGGAAAGGAAUUGAAUUCAGUUCGAAAGAUCACUUUAGUUUAUACCCAUCAUUUGAACUUCAAGAUAAACUUUUCAAGGAAGAAAAUCGUGGAUCGAGACAGUUGUUCACAAUGAAUUACUGCAGCAAGCCUUCUUUUAACUACAGACAGAAAACCAUCGAGGAAGAGAUAUUGCCUCGUCUCUUCACUCCGAACAAGGCCCGUAAAGCCUUCAACUGGCUGAGAUCUGGGCAGUAUGACGAAAAACUUGCGGUGCUCAAAUCGUUUUGGAUCAAGGAAGAGGAGAGGCAAGCAACAGAAAAGGUUUUAAGGGAAAGUUUUUAUCCCCAAGUGGUGCCACGGGUCAGGGUGUGGCUUAAUGAAGCUGAUGAGAAAGAGAAGAAAGCAAUCAUCAAAUUGUUUCGGAGCAUGGCCAGUCAACCUACUCCUCAGAAAGCUACCACAACGCUUAAAAAACCAAGCCAGCCCUUUGAUGCGUCAACAACCAGGUCUGGUCCCACGAGCAACCAAACGCACAAAAGAGGAGUCUCUUUGGAUGACGGCAGGCACCAAAGAGAUCCCAAUCUCCUGAGGGCGCGUAGACGUGGGGACCUUAUUUGCGUGGCGCAGAAAAGAACUGAGUUCGAUAUUGCACCUGACUGGAGAGCACCAAUGCGCAGCGUGGUUCCUAUGACCCAGGUCACUCGGGCGGCUCCGACGCAGGAGAGGCUACCAAGGUUAACUAAGCAUGUCUGUCUACAUAAUCAGCGAGAGUUCAUCAUUCAUCCCGAAUGGAUUAUUCACUAAAUCAUGACGGUUUAACUCGAGGGAGUAGUUCAUUCCAUUUUUUCAGCUUUUUCACAUGUUUCAUAAAUUGUUAGUUGUAUUCCGUUAGAAAUAAACAGUUGAUAACGGCA